CUCUGCUAGGCUGCCGGGCGAAACUCACAUUAAAUUUUCAAUUAUUUAUGUAAAAAUCAAUGAGAAACUAACGAAAUAUUUUAAGCUCAGUACAAACGGGUACAAUCCUAGUACAACCGCUAGAAUUACGUCAUACGACGAAAAGAAAUCACCUGUCAGCUAUCUACAUACGAAUCGUCAAAUCCGUUUGCAUUUUGAAACGAACAUAACCUUCGGUUUUAUUUUACAACCGUUCAGUCAAUGAGUGUUAUCCAAUACAAAAAAAUUUUGAUUCUUUUAUAAUUUUCUAACAUUAUUUUGUUGUUAUCCAAUGGAAGGUGAAGAACCUCAGAAUAUAAUUAAAGAGGGAAAAGCAGAGAUUUUAGUGCUGGAAAAAAACGUGUUCUACAAUCCCGUACAAGAGUUCAACAGAGAUCUGAGUGUAGGAGUAUUAAGUCUAUUUGCACGGGAGAAACACGAAAAAUCAACCGGUACACAAAAUGAAGCUGUGAAAAACAAUCCCACGGAUCAUGCAGGUGUAAAGCAUGAGAAUGGAAUCACAAUUCUAGAAGCUCUUUCCGCCACAGGACUCCGCAGUAUCAGAUAUGCUAAAGAAGUACCGUAUGUUCGUCAGAUUGUAGCAAAUGACAUAUCUUCAAAAGCAGUAGAGUGUAUUAAAAAAAAUAUUCAGCACAACAAAGUUGAUGAGCUGAUAACUCCGAGUCAUGAAGACGCAACAAUGGUGAUGUAUCAAAAUCGGAAAACACGUUUUGACGCUGUAGAUCUUGAUCCUUAUGGUUGUCCAUCGAUAUUCCUCGAUGGUGCUGUACAGUGUCUCGCUAAUGGAGGUUUGUUACUGGUUACGGCGACUGACAUGGCGGUUUUAGCUGGAAAUUCUCCAGAGACUUGUUUUGUUAAAUAUGGAGCAGUUUCUCUGAAAUCUAAAGCGUGUCAUGAAAUGGCUCUGAGGAUUCUCUUGCAGCACAUAGCAGCUCAUGCAGGACGUUAUGGGCGUUACAUUGUCCCAUUGCUUUCUGUGAGUGUAGAUUUUUAUAUUCGGGUGUUUGUACGGAUUUAUACUGGUCAAGUUAAGUGUAAGGAAAAUACUAGCAGCUUAGGACUAGUCUAUCAAUGCUCUGGUUGUGAAAGUAUGGCGAUACAUCCACUGGGAAUGAAGAAACAGAAUGGGGGCUACAAGUUACCCAUGGGACCACCUGUCGAUCAAUUGUGCAAAUUCUGUCACCAUAAACAUCAUAUAGGUGGACCUAUUUGGUUGGGGCCUCUGCACGACCAGUCGUUUGUGCGAGAACUGAUAGAUAGUAUAGAGAUAAUGAACCUGGCAACGUCGAAGCGAUUAAUUGGAGUUCUCAAAGUUGUUACAGAGGAAUUAGAUACUCCGCUUUAUUACGUUCUCGAUCGAUUGAUGUCGAUAGUGAGAUGCGACACCCCAUCAAUGGUAAAGUUUAGAUCAGGAUUGUUGAAUGCAGGUUACAACGUGUCCUUUUCUCACGCGCACAGAUUAUCAAUAAAGACUGAUGCACCCGUGGAUGUUGUGUGGGAUGUAGUGAAAGCCUGGGAAAAAAUGCACCCAGCUAAGAGGGAAAAACUUGGCAAAGACAGUCCAGCACUAGCAAUUUUGACUAGAGAAUUUACGAAAGAAAUUUCGUUUGAUUUACAUUCAUCGGCGAACCCGGAAUCAAGGAGGCUGCACAUGCAAAGAUUUCAAGUUAAUCCUACAGCUAAUUGGGGACCUGGUGCUAGAUCAACAACGAUAGUCGAUCCCAGUGAGAAAACAUCAAAACGUGCACGAAACCAGAAUAAACACAAGAAAAAACUUGAAGAGACAUCUUGCUCUGAUUCUCCACCGCCAAAACAACAAAAAACAAAUGUAUGACUUUACAUAGAUGGUAAUAUAUUGAUACAAUAUAAAACGAAAGACUAAUA